AUGUCUGGGUUAUUGCGUUUUGGAGCUCGUUUGCUGUUCUCUAGCAGGGCUGUGUCAAAGCACUUGGGUUUGAUAAAGCCUGAGGCAUGCCAAAGCAGGCUGCAUUCGUCCAUUAUUUCGGAAGUGAAUAAUGAAAGCUACCGAAAUGAAUUAUCAUGGAACGCCAACAAUACUGAAGACCUGGAUAAAAUUAUUCGUUGGUUACAAGUUCACAGGCUUAAGUCUGUACUACACCGUGCUAAGGAGAAUGAGAAAAAGAUUGAUGGGUUCUGGGAUAGAAUCCUUAAGGAGGGUGACAUAUUUUUGACCGAAAAGUAUUUACACGUGAAAGUCAAGAUGGGGAUUCCUUUUGACUACGAGGGUAUUCUUAGGGAUUUACAAGAUGCUGGCAUAAUUCCAAAUGUCCGGAUAUUCGCUGCCUUGAUACGUCAAAGUUGUACUGCUGGUGAUAUGAAUCAGACACAUGCCAUCUUGCGCUUGCUCCGGGAAUACGGACUGAAACCGAAUGUGUACAUAUAUUGUCAGAUCUUACAUGGUUACGUUAAAGCCGGGUUGCCCGAGGAAGUUUCUUCCACACAGGAAAUACUAUCUCAAAUAGGUUUGUGGCCAUCCAAAAGUGCAUAUGAAGCCCUAUCUUUAUACAAAUUACUGUCUUCAAAUCCGGAUCAAAAUGCAACAUGUAGCAAGAUGCUUGAGUUGUUGCAUGUGGUAGAAGAUCCACAUUACCAAUUAUACGCAAAGGACACAGUUAAAGUGCUCCUAGCAAUGGGACGUUUAGCUGCUGCUCUGAAAAUUUUCGAAAAAUUAUGUUUACAAACUGCAACAGAUGGCUAUCUGUAUUCAUUGGUUGCCUAUGCUGAUGCUGGUAGUUUGGACAUAGAAUCAUUGGAACCUUUUUGGCAUGUAGCUAACUUGGACAGUGAACAAUUGAAAGUGAUCAGGAGUAAAUGUCAAUUGUUUCUCAAUCGAAAAAGCAAAUCGUCGAACUCAUUGUUUUCUCGGUUCCAGAGAAGAAUAGACGACAACGAUGUAGAAGGUGCUUUUGAUAUUUUGAGAGGCAUAUCUGUGAGAGAGAAAACAUUUGGAUUUGUAUCUAUCGCUGAGAAGCUAGCGGAUAUGGGCUAUUCAUUAGUGAAUGUUUUGGAACGAAUUGAGAAUCCUGUAGUCAAUGAAAGCUUGGUUUUUGGAUAUGUGUUUAACAAAUUAUCUUCACUUAAUCCCAAAGAAAAUGUAAAGUCAGAGUUGAAGAAGUGUUCAGAUAUGGUGAAUGAAUAUCGUGAACUGAAAUUACUUCCAUGUACUGAUGCCAUUCGUUUUGCUAAUCGCAAUGUUGAAAAAUUGCUGUUAAGCAUUCUAUCCGUCUCAAAUUUGUCAGAAAUAAUGAUACAUAAAAAAUGUACCGUUAUGCAUGAAGUAUUCGGCAUACUACGGUACACAUUAUCCAGACGUGCAUUCCAAUCACUUUUCACACAAGUAUUUGAGAUUAUGCAGAUAACCACAUACCGGUAUUUUAACAAAGUCCCUAGAAACAUUAUAAUUCAGCUUUUGGCUGAUGUGUGCGUUCAUCACAAAAUCACAUUUGGUCGUGAUAAUUGGUUGUUGCUUGCAAUGAAGAAUGCUGAUGUGUCAGAGGAUGUCAUUCAGAAUCUUGCUAGCAGUUUAACAACGUCUAGAAAUAACUUUGCUGAUGUCUGCACUUUGUUCAGUGGACCACCUGCAAGCUCUAAAAGUAAACUGAAAGAAAACGAAACAUUCCCGCUGGUUGACUCGAUAAAUGUAUUCAUAACGGAACCGUUACUUAAAGUUGCAGAAUCACUAGUUAGACUACAAAAGGAAGAUCCCAUUGUCUGUGAUGAAAAAUUAGCAGAUAUCAGAAAAUCUUGGCGCCUAGAAAGAAAAGUAGCCUUGCUCUUCAAUCUUGCAAACUUUGGUGCCGAAGAUCUUAUUGAACGUGUUAUCCAGACUAUUACUAACACAAAUGAUAAUAGCAAGUAUAAACUGCUGAAAGAUCUUGCACAUCUUAUACGAGUGUGUUCAGAAAGUGAAGAUAAUAAGGUUGAAGCUCCAGAAAGUGUAAAGGAAGUGAUUAAAAGUUUACGAAGUCGUUCAGUGGAAGAAUUACUCUAUACACUCAAAGGUCCACACACGAACACACUAUUCAAAUGCUGGCCAGUUGAUCACAUUUCAGACUUGAUCGAUGUAACUAAUAAAGUUUCAGAAUGUCGCCUCAAAUCUUUCGCUUUACAGCUUGCUGGUAUUUUGAUCAAUCGGGGACUAAAUGAUCAAGUUGCCUGUUUAUUACCGAAUAAUCAAAAAAUACCGUUUACAUUUCUGGUCGGCAGUCCUCAUGAGUCCCUAACAGAAUCAGCUUUUCGUUCAACAAUGAAAUAUAUGGAGGAAGUUGAUCCCAAGCACAUCUCAGGUUUUGUGGAUUAUUGUCUUCGUAAUGCAGCCUUAUCAAACGAUGAGACCAAUCUCUUUCAAUUAAUACGUGCAACUGUAUCACCACCGUACAAUAUGGAGUUGUCAGAAGUUUGUAUCCUACCUACUCUUCAAGUAUUAUGCAAUCGUUUAGAACAGUGUAAAACGUUGCCUGAAGAUGUACUACAAGCAACGGGGUCAUUAGUUCAAGUUUACAAUUCAUCAUUGAACAACAAAGCAACGAACUGA